AGCAGCAGCAGCGUCGAUCCGUUUUUACGAUCGCACCACGCCGGUUCAUUUGCGUUGAUAUCGCUGUACGGUUCGCAUCUCCGAGAACAACUGCAACAACAACGCAACGGUGACGUCGUCCGAGAUGGUUCAGUUGGUGGAUCAAACCGUCGUCGCGUCGUCCGUCCGUCGUGUAGUCUAGAGAGAAGCUCUUGAUUUGGUUGGCUGGUUGGCGUACUCGCGCGCGCACGCGUGUGUUGGAUCUGGAGUACCUAGUUGGUGUAAUUGAAAACGAAAGUGCGGAUUGUCGGUGGCUGGCUGUUGGAUAAGACAAGAAUGCGAUUGUUGCGGGCCGCUCUGGUGGCGCUGUUUGUCGUCGGGAGUGAAGUUCUGGCCGCUCCAGCUGCCGUUGGCGUCGCCGAUUGGGAUCGUGACCGAAUUGAUCCGCUGAAGUCGGAGGACUCAUUCAGCGAUGACGUCAGCCGAACGAAGCGAAAAUUCAAACCGGAAGAUAUGCUUGCUGCCAACCUCGUCAUAACGAAAGCCCUACAACAGAAACCCAAGCCCCCUUCACGGGUGGCUUCACCCUCAGCCAAACAAGGUCGCCAAGCACCGGAAGAUACGGAAAAUGACGUGGAAACUUUCGACGAGAACGAUAACUUUGGCCAAGGCGAAAAGGUGUCGUUGAAAAUUCCCGAUCGAUUGUUCGGCAAUGCCACCAAUGUGGUUCUGGCGGUGGCGAAGAUAUUCGGAGAUUUUAUCACGAACACCGCAAUCCGUUCGGCGCGUUUCCUACAACUCUUCCAGCCGCUGUUUGGACGCAAUCUGCACAUUCAGAUUCCAACCACCACAACGGAGUCAAACGAAGUUUGAGAUUGAGAUUGCUCUAUUUUAAGAAUUUUUU